AUGUCGAACAAUCACGACGAUUUCGAACCGAUUGAUGGGGCAGAGGAAAUACAAAUUCCACAGUCAACUACUAUCGACCAUCUAAUCGUAGAGGGAAAUAACAACAACAAUACGGGUGAUACGUUAUCAAAUGUUAUAGUUGAGAAUUGGAUUUUCGCUCCAAUCGCAGUGACGAUUCAAAAGAUGAAUGUGUCGAAACCAACACACGUCUUCAAUGUCGCCGAGAAGGAAAGCAAGAAGCAGUUUAUGGCUGAGGCUCUGAUCCCAUUCCUUUUCGCGGGACUUGGUCUAAUUCUAGCAGGAAUUAUGCUUGAAUCUGCAGAAGGCUCAGAGUUCUUUUCAAAACUUCCAGAUGCAGUUAUCAUGGUUCCAACUCUAGUAGGCUUGAAGGGAAAUCUUGAAAUGACACUUUCAUCUCGAUUGUCAACCUUGGCGAACCUAGGGUUUAUGGAAACUAGGAAAGACAAAAUCAAAGUGGCUCUAUCCAACAUGGCUCUUAUCCAAUGUCAGGCUAUUGCUGUUUCAUCUCUAGCUGUGAUUCCAGUUUUAUUAGUAGGAGAACAACCGAUCACAUUCGAGGACACUCUCUGCCUUCUACUAUCAGCAGUUGUGACUGCAUCCUCAGCUUCACUGAUACUCUCUCUUCUAAUGGUCGCUGUUGUAAUCGCUGCUCGUCAUUGGAAACUGAAUCCGGAUAACAUCUCCACUCCUGUUGCAGCAUCUCUUGGUGACGUUUCCACUCUUUACAUCUUGUUGAGUGUGGGCACUUUAGUAUGUCACAUGCGGGACUUACAUAUCACAUUACUUAUUGUCAUUUUGCUCUUUUUUUACGCCAUCGCAAUUGUUGGAGCUGUUAUUGCAGCGGAAGAUAGGUUCACUUUGGAGGUGUUGAAAAAUGGAUGGUGGCCGAUACUAUGUGCAAUGAUGAUAACCACGUUUAGUGGACUUGUUCUAAAGAAGUCUAUGCAGACUUAUCCACCACUGGCAGCAUUCCAACCACUUAUCAAUGGUCUUGGAGGCAAUUUGGUUGCAGUUCAAGCCAGCAGAAUCUCCACACAAUUGCAUAGAGCAAGAAAAAAUCGAGAAAUUGAAGUGAGACCACUUUCGCAUUAUAUCAACCCGUGGAGAGCGUUCUUUGGAAAAAACGAAGACGCAUCAGCAGCCCAAAUCCUUCUUGGGAUUUCCAUUCCAUCCAAUAUCCUCUUCAUUUUUAUCAUUUUUCUAUUUGGCGUUGGUUUCCACAACACUUUCCCAUUUACCAUUUCAUUUGUUCUAGUUUGUGCAAUUCAGGUAACAAUCCUUCUCUACAUUUGUCAAAUUUUGGUCCGUGCAAUGUGGAUAAUGAGAAUUGAUCCAGAUAAUUCUGCAAUUCCAUUUUUAACUGCCCUCGGAGAUCUCAUCGGUUCACUUCUUCUCAUUUUCUGUUUCUGGAGUCAAUGGAAAUAUUUUGGUCUUCCAGUUUCUGCUGAUCAGUACACUGGACAUAAAUUUGGGCAUUAG